AUGACCAAGCCGAUCUUGGUUAAAAACACAAAGGAAAUGUUGACAAACUUGAACUUUCCUGAAUCUAUCAAAGUAGCCGAUUUGGGCUGUUCUUCGGGACAAAACACGUUUCUAGUGAUGUCCGAGAUCGUCAACACAAUCAAUUUGCUAUGUCAAGAACGGAACCAAAAACAGCCAGAGAUAGAUUGUUGUUUGAACGAUCUCCCUAAUAACGAUUUCAACACAGCUUUCAAGUUCAUAACUCUCUUCAAGAACAAGCUCAGAAGCGACGUCGGAUCGUGCUUCAUAUCUGGAGUCCCUGGUUCCUUUUACUCAAGACUAUUCCCUCGCAAGUCUCUCCAUCUCGUACAUUCAGUCUACAGUAUUCAUUUCCUCUCUAAGGUUCCGGAUGGAUUGGAGAAGAACAACAUGAGUGUGUACAUAACAACUUCAAGCCCUCUAAGUGAAUAUACGGCUUACUUAAAUCAAUUCCAAAGAGAUUUCACGACUUUUUUGAGAAUGCGCUCUCAAGAAAUGGUAUCUAAUGGACGUAUGGUUCUCACAGUAAUGGGCAGAAACACUCUUGAUGAUCCAUUGUUUAGGGAUUGUUGUCAUUGUUGGACAUUGUUAUCCAACUCUCUCUGCGACUUAGUCUUGGAGGGUCAUUUGAGUGCAUCGAAAGUGAAUUCGUUCAAGAUCCCUUUUUAUGAUCCGAACGAAGAAGAACUGAAGGAGAUAAUAAGGAAAGAAGGAUCUUUCCAAAUAAACGACGUGGAGACACAUGGAUUUGAUCUUGGACAUAGUAACGAGGAUUGUAGCUUACAAUCACUUAGAGGACACAAAGAAGCUGGUUGUAUAAGAGCAGUGACUGAAACAAUGCUCGUCGCUCACUUUGGAGAUUCCAUUAACAUCGAUACAUUGUUCAGCAAGUAUGCACAUCAUGUCUCUCAACACACUAGCUGCAAUAUCAAAACGACUGUAACUCUAGUCGUUUCAUUGAUUCGCAAAUAA